CCACAUUGUAUGGGUUGGCCCAAAACCCGAAUAAGAGAAAUGGAAAGUGAAAGCGUGCCUCUGAAUCUGACAGUUGCUUUCGGAAACUAAGAAGGAUUUCGACAUCUACACUCUCGGAAUCUCAGAUUUGGUUCUUGUUCAUCGCUCCCAGUGGUUUCCGUUACAGAAACGCUUCUGCGAUUCAAGUAGCAGCAGUUUUGCAGGUUUAUUGUAGUCGAGCGCCUGAACAUGGGUUUGUGGACUUUACUGGAGGGCACUCUUCUUCUUGCAAAUGGCCUAGCAAUUUUAAAUGAAGACCGGUUCCUUGCACCCAGAGGUUGGAGCUUCUCAGAGUUCUCAGUAGGUGGAACAAAGUCUUUCAAAGGGCAACUUAUGGGGCUUAUUUAUGCAACCCAGUACAUGAGAGUUCCUCUUAUUAUACUGAAUGCCAUUUGCAUUGUUGUAAAGCUAGUGUCUGGAUGAUGCCAACUAAGGAUUCAUUUAGUUGCUUCUGACUGACAGGAGUUCGCAAAAAGAAGAUUUUUUUUUGGAGUGGCGGAAACAUAUAGAAAAUUCAAGACUGCACUUGAAAUUGUCUUUUGUGUGGUCAGUGGGUUUAAGGUUGUAUCCUUAGCUUUAAAACACAAUCAGUUGUGCAGAUGAGAAUAUUUUGUGUGAGAGAAAAACUUUAUAACACGGUGUUUUUAUUCUUUUAGAAGUUUUAGAUGUCGACAUUAUUUGUGAAAUUUUUGUUGGCUCGUUAACCAAAUUUUUUUGCCUGCAUGCAAUGGAAACAUAUUUUUUGUUGAUAA